ACACUGCCAACUUCUGGCGCAAGUUGUUCGUCGCAGACAGCCGCGGUUGUCGUCGUGAAAUCGUUUGCAAUGGGGUCGAGGCGCUCGAAGCUUGGAAGUUAAAGUAGAAUUACUGAGGUUUUCAUGUUUUAUCUGUGUGCUACCAGUAAGAAGUUGCCAGAAGAAAGCCUUAUAAAGGUGUUAUUGUUUCUGUUUGGGUAGCGUCCAGUGCAGCCCCGCGCCGAGCACAGCGCGCAGCCGGCCGGAUGGCCCGCAUCCAGGCGGAUGACCCGGCCUACCCGGCCUACCUCGAGGUCGGCACGGAGGUCAGCGCUAAGUACCGCGGCGCCUUCUGCGAGGCCAAGGUCCGCAAGGUCGUCAAACAAGUCAAGGCCAAGGUUAACCUCAAGUUCAACAUGGGAACGGUAGUGGUUAGUGAUGAGCACAUCAAGGGUCGCCUGCACGUGGGCUCCAGCGUCGAAGUCAAACAUCCUGACAAAGGACAGUACUUCGAGGGAGUGGUGGUGAAGAUUUUCGACACCAGCCAGUAUACUGUCGUGUUCGACGACGGUGACAUUACGACGUUACGUCGGACGUCUCUCUGUCUCAAAUCGGGCCGGCACUUCACCGAGGCAGAGUCUCUGGACCACCUGCCGCUGACACAUCCGGAACACUUCUCGAACCCAGUACGGCAGAGACGACGUGGAAACGCCAGCCAGUCGGAUGACUCGAGUGAGUCAGACAGUGACUCCGACACAGAGGGCUCGCCGACGAAGCGGGCCGCCCGUAAAACCUCUGACUGGUUGAUGAUGGUCGGAAAGGUGGUCAGUGUCGAGAUGGACAACAACAAGAAGAAAAAGGAUAACUGGUUUCCGGCGCUGGUGGUGGCGCCCACCGCUCAGAUCGACGCGCGGCGGGACUUCCUGGUGCGCAGCUUCCAGGACGGACGCUACUACACCGUGCCCAAGAAGGAGACGGGCGCGUUCCAGCGCGACUUUGUGCCCAAAAAUAACAACAGUCUCAAAACAGCGAUUGACAAGGCGGUGCACUACCUGGAUCGUGACGAGCUGCCGCCGCACUGGGACCGAGAUGCGCUGUUUGGCACAAACGACUCGGAAACAAACACGACCGCGUCAGACUCCGAGAGCUCGGACGAAGAGUCUCGCGAGGAGAAGGACCACUUUGUGGCGCAGCUGUACAAGUUCAUGGACGACCGGGGCACACCCAUCAACCGGGCGCCGACGGUGGGAGCGCGCGACCUGGACCUGCACCGGCUGUGGAAGGUGGUACAGCGGCAGGGCGGCUACAACAAGGUGACCAACCAGAACGUGUGGAAGACGGUCGGCACCCGCCUCACGCAGGACUCGUCCAGUCCAGUUAAUACCAACUCGGUCAAAGUGGCCUACAAGCGGUAUCUACUGCACUUCGAGGAGUUCCAGCGUAAGCUGGGCUGUACCCUGGUGUCACACACCCGCGGCACCAAGGUCCGAUCGUCCUCCGGACGAAGUCUGAUCCGCGAGCGGGACCGGACCGCCUCCAGCGGCAGUCCGGCCCCGCUGGCGGCCGCGUCACCGGCGCCUGCUACCGGCCGCGCCGCCAAGGAGCGCGAGCGGGCCUCGGCCAGCCCGGCUCCGGCCGCCCCGCCGCCGCCUCCACCGCCCCCGCCCCCGCCGCCCCCGCCGGCGGCUGCCGCUCCAGUCAAAGAGGAGCCAUCGACGCCAGUCACCCCCGCGGCCAAGUCGCGUAAGAAGGCGACGCCGGCGGGCGGCAGUGAGGCAGAGAGGAAGCGGGCUGCCUCGCUGGAAAGGAGGGCGACGGGGAAGAAGAAUGAUGUAAAGGAUGUGAAGAAGGAGCCGCCCGAGGAGCAGCCCAAAACGGAGGAAAAGGAUGCAGAGACCAAGUCUCUGCGUGCCCGUAACAAGGAGUCGGAGUCAGCGUCGUCCGCGUCACCGGCGCCGAGCGACAAGUCUGACAAGGCGUCCAGCUCCUCGUCCGCCGCCCCCGCCCCCGCCAAGAAGCCGCGCGAGCGGCGGCCCAGCUUCCGCGAGACCAAGGGCUCUCCGGCGCCGGGAGCGGCGGCCCCGGCCCCGGCGGCUGGCGGCGCGGAGGCGGCGGCGGCAGGAGAGCGCCGCCGCAGCGGCCCCGUCAAGAGGCGCAAAGACGAGUCGCCCGACGAUGAUGAUCCGGAGACGCUGCCUCCGUACGUGGACGUACAGGUGGGAGACAAGGUCUCCGUCCUGUACAAGAUCAACUCGAAGAAGGAGAGAACCAUCUACGAGGCUAAGGUGUUGCAGGUGGACCCGGUCAGCCCAGUGCGUCGCUACUUCAUCCACUAUCUCAAUUGGAACAAGCGCUACGACGAGUGGGUCAAGCGUAACCGCAUCAUAGAGAACCUGAGCUGGGCGCCGACGCGCGCACGCCGAAACAGUCGUGUGGAGACGAAGCCGGCGGCGACUGCGGCGGCGUCUGCGGCCGGCUCAGUGCCGUCUCCAUCAGGCGGUCGGCGCGGCCGCUCGCCAGUGGUGCAGUCGGCGCCGGCAGCCUCGUCCACCCGCGGCUCCACGCCGGCCUCGGAUGUGGCUCGCUCCCCGGGCAGCUCCGGCCGCGCCGCUGUCAGACAGUCGGCCGAGCGCGACCGGAAAACGACGCGGAAAGGAACGCCGGCGCCCUCCGACUCAGAGCCAGAGCCGGCCGAGGGUACCGAUGACGGCGCUGCGGCGCGCCGCCGGCUGGCCCGCCAGCGCUCCACCACCAGCGCCAGCCGUACCGGCGCCGACGCCGCCGACGACGACGGCAAGACGACGCCGACACGCCGCGGCAGCCGACGUGUCCGGAAACGCGACAGCGAAACGCCGGUGAAGAGCGCCGCGUCGCCGAGUGCAACUCGCGGCGAGGAGGACUCGAACGCCAGUGCUGAGCGGACUGAGCAGGCCGGCUCGGACGAGGGUGCUGCACCCAAGCCGCGCCAGGCGGAGGCGGACUCGACGUCUGACGCGUCCGCCCCCGCCCCCGCCUCCGCUGCUGCCGCCGCCGCGCCCGCCGAUACGCGCAGCAGCGUCAGUGAUAUCUAUGAGUUCACCGAUGAGUGCGAGGACGGGUUUCCGGCGCGCGAUGCGUCCAGCAAAUUGAAAAAUGUGAUAAACACGUACGGAGCGCGGCCGGGCCGCAGUCCCGGCGCCGCGGACAACCCGCCCUCGACGGCGGCGGCGGCGCCUCCGGUACCGGCGUCCAGCCCCGCCGCCACGGCCGGCACCGCCCCGUCGCCAGCGGCAGCGGGUGCAUCGCCCGGCUCACCGGCCCUGUCGCUGUCGCCGUCCCCAAGCAAGAAGCGCAAGCUGGCCGGGGACGACGCGCGAUCGCCCCUGUCAACGCCGAGCAAGGCGGCGCGCCGCACGCCGACGCGCCGCGCGCCCGGACAGACCCCGAGCCCGCGACGGCCGGCCAAGAAGAGGGCGGCGUCGGCCUCGCCGUCACCCUCCUCUCGCGCCGAGCCGCCGCUGUCGACGACCGGCACCGUGAUCACGCCGAAACUGACGGUCACCAAGCUGACCGACUUCCAGCUGAGUCGUGUUACCCUGGUGAAGGCGUCCUCGGUGAAGCCGGUGACGCUGCCGCCGCCGCCGCGCCUGCAGCCGGCGCCGCAGGUGCUGGGCGCUGCCGAGUACAAACCUGCGCCGCUGCCGGGCCCGGCCGGCCGCGCCUCCAGCGAGCCGGCCCAGCCGCUGCUGCCGCGCGCCGAGCCAGUCCGCACGCCGCCGCCCGCGGCCGCCAAGGGGCUGCAGCCGACGCCGAUGGCGGUAGUCCGACCUCCAGUCCCCGCGCCGGCCGCUGCUGCGGUUCCUCAGAAGCCGCCCGUGCCGCGUCCAACGCCCGUGUCGGUUCCGGGGUCUUCCUCAGCGCCUGUACCGGCCCCGGCGCCCUCCUCAGCGGCCGCCAAGACGUCCGUGUCGGCGCCGGCCCCGGCCCCAGCGCCUACUCCAGUACCUGCGUCGGUGUCCGCGCCGACCAAAGCUCCCUCCGCGGCCGCCCCGUCGCCCUCUGUAUCCGUCGCACCGCCGCCAGCAGCGCGAGCGGCCACCCCGCCACCUGCACCAGCAGCAGCCGCGAGCGACUCGGGCAGCCCCGGCGGCCGGGAGCCGACCGCGCGCUGGCGCCACGAACCCGACUCAGAGCGGCGCGUGGCAGCCCUCUCCUCUCCGGCCAAAUCGAGCGCCGGCUCCGGGUGCGACCUCACCUGCCGGGAGACGAUUCCGGGCAGCCCGGAGCGCGUGGAGGGCCCCGGUCGGCCGGCCUCAGCCGCCUCGGACCGCAUGGAGAUGCCGUUUGCGUCCCUGCCGUCGGGAGUGCGGCCGGCCGCUGAGACGGAGCGGGCGCGCCGGGACGGGCAUGAGGAGCCGGUCCGACCCAAGGUGGAGUCAGAGCGACUCCGAAGGGAGGAGCCGCGACCCAAGGUCGAAACGGACCGGCCGCGGCCCAAGCCAGAGGCCGAGAGAGUGCGGCCCAAACCGGAGCCGGAGAGGCCCCGGGCCAAGGCGGAGGAGAGUGGCCGUCCGAGGCCAGAGCUGGAGAGGACGCCGGCCGCGCGCAGGGAGGAGGCGGAGAGAGUGCGGAGGGAAGGAGCAGAGGAGGGGAGACGGGAGCGAGCCGUGGCGUCGGCACCCGACAGUCCGGAGGGGAGCGAAUUCUCCUCCAAACGGGGCUCGGCGCAGGUGACUCCUGGCGGUGGCCGGUCACCAGUCUCCUCCGAGGGAGAGGCCAGUCCCGGCACCGGCGCUGGUGCCGCCGACGCCGCUCGGCCGCCCGCCUCUCGGUCAGCAGCGGGCACACCGUCGUCGGAGGUGAACGGCCUGGUGGCGUCUCUGGCACCGGCCAGCCUUCCGGCCGGCAGGGGUCUCCGGCAGCAGCCGCCCGCCCCCGCCGCCGCCGAGGACGACGAACCCACCUCCAAACGGCGCCGCACGCGACGACGCCGCCGACGCAUCUCGGCACGCAGUGGGAAAGGUGUGAGCGACAGCGAUGAUCUCAACGAUCGGAGUAACGGGGACCGCGGCGACGCGGACCCGGAGGCACGCCGCGCCGAGAAGGCCUACAAGUACAAUUUCAUGGUCACGUUCGAUGAUGCUGCCGACCGUCAGACGAGAAUCCAGGUGCUCACCGAACAAAUUGACAAGCUGCGGGACCGCUACUCCACGGUGAAAGCCGAGCUGGGUCGCGUUCACCGGCGCAUCAAAAAGCUGAAGAAGAAACAGCGAGACACGCCGGCGCCGCCGCCCGAGUCCUCUGUGAAGAAGCUGCGCCCGUCGUUCGUGACGCCGUGAGAGCCGGCGGCCGGCCGCAGUCGGUCCGCCCACAGCUGUGAUCGUUUUACCUUGGUUCGGAGGACGCCGCACAGCGCCCUGUGAGACUAUUUAUUUUUGACGGUCGCCGGCGGCGGGACGCUCCUGGACGCUCCGACCGCAGGGGCGAGCCGCGCCGCCCCCGCCCCCGCCCCCGCCCGCCCCGGCGGCCACGCGGAUAGACAGCGAGAGAUACAUGAGCGAGAAACAGAUCGAUUUUACGCACGGUUUUAGGGUCGGCGAUUGUCGAGUGGUUUUACGUGUACAAAUUAUUAUUUGAAUUUGUUUUAUGCAUCCAUGUGCUUCUGACUCAUUUUGUACAUUCUUGUAAAUAAACUCGCUGGAAAUGUAAGGAUUCUAA